AUGGCUCUCAACGGUUAUCACAGACCAUUUUCUAAAAGUUUUUCUGCUGACUUUUUGAGAAGAGAUAUUUUCGAGACCUUGAAAAGUUUCCAGAGAAGAGUGUUACUUCACGGUGACGACUACGAUGGAGUCGGAACCACUUUUGCCCCGCCAACAACCUCUACCUUCGAUUACUCCGACCGCGACGGCCGCAACUUCGCAUCAUCAACACCCGCGCUUCUCCCACUCGAUGACAUCCCCACCGCAGAUGUCGGCGCCGAUCUUCCUGCCCCUGAAGCUCGAUACUUGUCCCAGCUUCUCCAAAUGGUGAAGCACUACGAGUACGGACACACCACUUUCGCUGGUCAGCCAAUCGAGCCGUCAACUAAUGAACUCAUCAAAAAACGAUUCAAUUACGGUUGCAACUGCUAUGUCAGCACAGGAUCAUCUCAAAUGCAGAAAUCCUACGGAUCAGCGCUCAAUGAUUAUGACAACACUUGUCGACAACUGAUCAAGUGCUACGAAACAGUUCAGUCUCGCGAUCAAAGCUGCUCGAAUGCCGGUCUCGACGGACCGUACCAGUUCUCCCUCUCCGCUAAAGAUGCCACGCUUGCCGCUGCUGAUCGAUCAGUCACGUGCUCGGACGCUGCGGAUUCCUGCGAAAGAAUGACUUGCGAAUGUGACGCUGCUUUUGCGAAAGCCUCGGCGAUGGAAUUCGAAAAGCUCACUGGACCACUCGAUCAGGAUCAAUACAACUGGUAUGUCUUCUACUACGGCCAAGGAUACACGGAUAUUCGAACAAGCGCCGUCUGCGAUGGGGUUGACCUUAACGACGUGAAUCUCAAAUCGCUCGCAGAUCAGUACUACAAUGGAUUUGACAGUGGCAUUCCUCAAGAUCUUCAUGACGAGUUCACCGCAAAAAUUGACAACUCAGUUUUCUUCGAAAGCGAAUCUGAAGCUCUCAAUUACUUCCGAGAUAUUGUUGACGAAAUCACUGCCGACUGCAAGUCCGAAGCCUGCUCCGUCAUGGCAAAAUGGGCCUACGUCACUCCCGCUUUUUACGGAUUCAUUGCCGGAGUCGCUUACAAGUACCAGUCUGGGGAGUCCACAGAAGUCACUGCAAGGCUUUUCGCUAAUGACUUCGAUGCUAUUGAAGCCAAUCAGCAAUACUUUCCUGAAAGCUACGCGAAAUUUGUCGAGAACAAACGAGCCACCCUCCUCCGCGGCUAUCUUUUCGACUUUGCGUUCCAGCUGGAUCUCAUGCCAUUCCUUCGAUGGGCGAUUGACAACAUCAAUGAAGAAGACAUCGUGAACAUGGAUGUCCGAAUCUCCGACGCCACUUUCACUCAUUUUGCCGUAACGAAGGCUCUUCAAUUCAACGAAGUCACGGAAGAAAACUACGAGGCUGAAUACAAGGCGUACACAGAUCUUAUCCUUUCUGUCGAUGGCGGAAUCGAGUCCAAGGUCAAGUGGGCGCUUUUGGAUGUCCUCGACAUCGGAAAAUCUGCUCCAGGACAUGAAGAGCGAGUCGGAACAAUCCUCAACGCUCAAGUCGAUAUCUGGACUCAAUCCGUCAACUGGGUUGGAGAUGCUUUGAAUAUUGAAGAGAUCGACUGGGAAACUGAGAUCCGUUGGGCGUUCGUCAAAGCUUCUAUGCUUCGAGUCUACGAGACAGAUGAUUACUUCAAUGAUCCUAUCUACUUCGACAUCUUCGCUCUUCCAGAAAAUUCCGUCGCCGGCGCCGCGAAAUUCUGCGAAGAGGCUGGCCAAGUCCUCUUCCCUGUUGAUACCCACGACGUCCGAGCUGAAAUCCUCCAUGCUCGACUCAAAGAAGUCAUCCAGAAACGACGAUUUGUCAAGGAAUGUGGUCUCAUCAUGCCGUACGAACGCGUCGAAGGAGCGGAGAGCAACGUUUUCUACAAUAUUCACACGGGAUCAACCGAAUGCAAUCGACUCUCCUGGAUCACAUUGGACAGCGACGAAAUGAUGGACAUGACCAUGUUCGCUGCCUGCGCAAACGACAAUGGUAAAUCAGACAAGUUCGAUCAGGCAACUCAAGCCGUCUGCCGAGGCGAUGACGAAAAAGACACAUACAAAGUCGACUUCGCCAAUGUUCUCGCUUCAUACAGCAGCUACUACCAAAACAUCUACGGCCGAGAGCUCACCGAAAUCUUCCAAGGAACACUCAUCAGAAAAUUCUACGACAACCAGGAAUACCAAGUUUUCGAUACUGAGCAGGCUUUCCACAGUUUCUUCCAGAACAAGAUCUUUGAACUCAUGACUCAGUCGAACGACGAUUGGUACGGAAGAUGGGCGUUCGAGUCAGAAUUCUUCAUCAAACUCUCAGCUGCUUUGGCAACCAGUACUUUCGUCCAGGACGAAUCGGUCUAUGAAAGUAUCUUCGAUGCACCGAUUUCCGGCGGUAUGAAAUACGUUGCAAUUUCUGAAUACUUGCCCUGGUUUACUGAUCGACUCUCCCAGAAGAAGUCCUCGAUGAUCCUUAAAUCCUACCUCUUUGACUUCCUUUGGUCCGCUGGAUAUUUGGACUGCUAUGCCUCGGAAGAAAAGUGCGAACUUGGCCGACUCAUUCACGGCGGCGUUCUUGAUGCCAACAUUGAUGAUGCUCCACGAGGCGAUGACAUCUCUUACAACUCCCUUGUCUAUCUCAUCGACACCGUCACCUGGCCAUGGAACUACGGAAUCCGAGACGACAACGCUACUGCUUACGAGCUUGUCAAUGCUGCUCGAGAGUAUUCCAUCAACGGAAAUCCUGGACUCAAGGCCAAGUACCUUUUUCUCCCAGAAAACUGCAUCAAUUGCGAAGGGCCCAAUGCUCUCGAUGCUGCUUUCGACGCAUUUAUGAAUUCCAACAUCGAUAAUAUAUUCAAAGAAGGCACUGCUAACGACUUGAUUGCCUUCAUCGACACUAUUUUUUCUGAUUUCGGUGUUUCUCACACUGCUUCUGAUGAUCAAAUCAUUGAAAUCUUCAACGAAUCCGCGGAGCAACUCGAUUUCCGAUCUUACGUCCAAUUCACUGAAUCCGAUCUUCAUAAUCUUGCCCACAAUGUCCUCGCCGGCGCAGGCCUCGCUACUGAGCACAACAAACUUAGCCUUGAUACCGUCUUCGAAGCUGCCAAAUCAGAGUUCGAUUUCUCUGGUGAGAUAAGCACUGAAGGCCUCGUUGCUUCUGUCGACCUGCUCUUCAUUGAUGCCGGAAUCGAAACACCUGAUCUUGACUUUGUUACUGAGCUCACCACAGCUCCUCCAGGAGUUCUCGUUUUCAACGUAGGCCCGAACUUUGCCAACCGACUUCCUCCAUCAACAGGGUGGGAUUUCUUUGCCGAUCUUCAUGCUGGUCUUGCUCCAUUUGGCGCGUCUCUCUUCAUCGGUACCUUCGAUCCCGUCUCAUCAGCUCGAUGGUUCAAUGAGUUCUACGACUUGAACUACUCCAACGAUGAGACAAUCUCAGUUAUCCUUCCCUUUGGUUACGAAGACGGUGUGGUGGGUAUCACUGGCCAGCGAUUCUGCGACAAGUCCCUACCAUGGGGUCCAUGGGGAGACGAGCCUUGUGAAGAAUGCUAUCUCUUCUACCGAGUCUCAAGCGAAGGCCGAGGUCUUGUUUGGGCGCCCAUUGAUGAGACCCUUGUCAUCAUUGCUAAUGAACCAAUCGAUGGCGAUGUUGUUCCGUACCCAGGCGCUUAUAAUAAUUUUGUCUGCUACAAAAAUGUCGAUCUCCGCUUCCACGAAGCUUUUGAGCAUCUCUGGACCAAGGGCGCUCUUGCUCCUCUUCCACAGGACGUUCAAGACACUGUUCUCCACCGAACCUACGAAAAUGGCCCUCACUACAUCACUUCUGAUGGUGAAGCAUAUCUUUUGAUUGCUGAGGGCAUCUUUAAGGCGAUCACAGAGGACUAUCCAUCUGGAUUUGAGCAUGAUGUUCUCGGACGAUUCGCGUUCGAAACACCUCUCUUCUUGAAAUUCAUCGCUGCCACCGUUGUUGUUUCCGAAAUUCGAGCAACUCACGUCGGUGACUGGGAAAUCGAUUUCGAAACAAUCCUCAAUGGUAUCUAUGACUCCUCGAUCUCACACGGAUAUCUCGACGCUGGAGCUUACCAAUCAGCGAUUCCAUGGCUCUUGAAUAACUACUCGGAAUCCGCAACCACUAUCCUGAUCAAGGGCAUCGUUUACACUGUCCUCGACCGAGCUGGAGUCACUUCGUUUCAGACUCUUCAAGAGUGUUUCGAACGAGUUGCCAACAACGACUUCAAAUUCACCGAUGAAACCGUGGUCAAGGAUGUUGUCAACUAUCUCCGAGUGGUGAUCCCCGCAGACGCCGCUGAUCUAUCAUCUCCCGAUCUCAUCCAGAACUCUGCCGUCCGAGGUUACAUUAUGAAACUUGUGAUCAUCGGCAACAGCGGUCAGGAAGACAGUUGCAAUGGAAUCGGCUGCUUCCAGUGGCAUCCAUCCGGUUUUGCCGCCGAGAUUCUCUACACGAACCUCGACUGGCUUCUGGAGAAUGAGCACGAUCCACGAGGACUCACGUCUGCCAUCGAAGAAAUUUCCCAGCGACAUCUUGGAAAAAUCAUCUUCACUAGACUCCAGAUCCAGGUUUUCUUCCGAUUCACCAUGGAACAUUUGAUUUCAAACAGAUGCCCAACUGGUAAUUGCUGGACCUUGAACGAAUCAACUGGUGAAUGCGAAAUCAAGCCUGAUGCAGACUGCUGGGGACUAACUUGUGGAGCGGAUACGAUGAACUUCUGGUUCCGACCUGAUCUUCUUGACGUUCUUGCCGAUGAUCAACGAGAAGGAAUCUUUGCCGCCGAUUGCGCCCCAGUUUGGGAUGAUGCUAAUUCCGCUUUCUCGUGGAGUGAAAACAUCGGAAAAUGCAUGGUUGCCGAAAGUAAUGCUGAAACUGGCGACAUUGAUUUCAUCGUCGCUAUCAGCCGCGCUGAUUCACGCCAAGACAUCAAGAUCCACGGAAUCGACUUCUUCACCGCCGACUACGAGUCCCAGAUCUCCGCUCGAUUCCGAUGCUCUUACGAUUCCGAGAUCUCCGCUUCCAGCGAAGUCUUCAAUGUCAAACCAGGCUACCCAGCUGAUGCCUCCUUCUCUGACAAGGGCGACUUCACUGAAGCCUUCAGCAUUGAUCUUUACAAUGAUGACGAGUUCUCCCAGGCUGUUGGCGAUGUCGUCUAUGUUGGACAGGAACUCUUCGUCGAUGUCAACUGGGCUGUCACAGAAGGUGUCCAGUUCUACGCGCAAAGCUGCGAAAUCGAUAUCGACGGACAAACAGUUUCUUUGAUCAGCGAUAACUGUCUGGCAGACAUCUUCGGCGUCACCAAUCACCAACCGGGAGUUUACUCCAACAAUGGCUCAUACAAAUUCAGUUACACAACUUUCACAAAUGACCGAGAUCUUGGAAAGACCAACACCAUUUCUUGUGCUUUGAAGAUCUGUCUCACUGGUGAUCAAAACACUUGCGCUCCAGCAACAUCCUGCCCUCAGAAUGAGUUCAACUUUGUCCUUCCAUCCAGAAGACGAUAA